UCAUAAUUUGCCAAAAGAAUUGGGAACACGCUAAAAAGGCCAAAGGAAUCCCACCCGACACUACAAACAGUUGGAGAAAAGCAAAGAAAGUUUUCUGUGCAAAGUGCAAGAAUAAGUUGUUCGCAAAGUGGAUUGUCCACAUUCUCCGUCGAUAUUUACCGGCAUCACCUUCCCGGCGGGCACAGUUCCCGAGAGAUUUAUCAGUGAGGUAUGAAGAAGGAUAAGGCAGUUGUAAGAGAAAGCCCUAGCACUAAUGAAGAAGAAGAAGAUGCUGUCUCAAGUAAUCAUUCAGCUCGUCGAUUUUCUACCCGAAAUGCUUCUUCCAAAUACGAUUUCGUUAAGGUGAAAGUAUGGCUGGGUGACAAUGCCGAUCACUACUAUGUUCUCUCUAGAUUUUUGCUCAGCAGAAUGCUCACCGUCACUAAGAUACCAAAUCACGUGGCUAUUAAAAUUGCACUUGAGCUUAAGAAGCUUCUUGUUGACAACAGCCUACUCGAUGUCUCACAAUCAGAUUUGGAGGCAAACUUGUUCAAGCUUAUGGAGCGAAGAGGUUUUGGAGAAGAGUAUAUAAACCGUUAUAAAAUGAUUACGAGAUUUCAUCAUAUGCGAGUGCCUUUGGUAAUUCUUGUUUGUGGCACUGCUUGUGUUGGAAAAUCUACUAUUGCUACCCAGCUUGCACAAAGGCUGAACUUGCCAAAUGUCUUGCAGACUGCCAUGGUGUAUGAAUUGCUACGGACAUCAACAGAUGCACCUUUGGCAUCUUCUCCUGUGUGGGCACGUGAUUUCAGCUCAUCAGAGGAGCUAAUAACCGAAUUCUGCAAAGAAUGCAGAAUAGUAAGGAAAGGUUUGGCUGGUGAUUUGAAGAAAGCUAUGAAAGAUGGAAAACCAAUUAUAAUUGAGGGGAUACACCUAGAUCCUAGUAUUUACCUAAUGGAUGAAGAGAAUAAAUUGCCACCGGCUUCUCCAGCAAACCAAGCAGUGCCAAAAUCUCUGAAGGUGGAGGAACAGAAUGAAUUACAACAGAAAAGCAAUUCUAAUGUUAGAGUUAGACACAGAAGUCAGAGUGACUGCAAGGAUUGCUGUUCUGAGGAUAUGAAUUCAGAACCAGGAGAAUCUUCUGAGUUAAACAAGCUCACAAUUGCUCUGAAAUCCUUGGACAUUGUUAAUGAAAUCUCUGAAAAUAUGGGUGAAAAAGUUAAAGAUUCAGGGGCAGCCCAAAAGCCUUCUCAUAGAAGAGAAAAAUCUGGUGCUCAACCAAUAAUUGUACCUAUAGUUCUAAGGAUGGCCGAAUUUGAUCAUAAGGCAUUGCUGGAAGAGUGGGUAGCGACUCGUACAUGCAGGGAGAAAUAUCCUACCCAGGACAAAGAUAAAUUGAUAUCUAACUUGAAGACUAUACAGGACUAUCUCUGUUCCUUUAACUCACAGGGUUUAACAGUUGUAAACAUAUCAGCGACGACGUUUCCACAAACAUUGGAUUGGCUGCACAACCAUCUUUUACAGUGUAUCGAGCAAGGUACAUCACAAGUUUCUAGGGGUAACAGUGUGGAGAUAGUCAAAGACUAGAUUACUGCCAGCCGUAUCUCGGUGAUCAAGGUACUCAGCAGACUAUUAAGUCCGUCUACUGCCUAUGCAGAUAUAUAAAGCUCUGUCUUGCAUGAGCUAGGGGUGCUUAUUGGGCGGUUUGGGUUGGAUAUUUUUAUUUGUUGGUCUGCUUUAUCGGUUAUUGGUUUUAAAUGUACUAAACUGCUAACCUAACCGGUAAGAUAUCGGUGGGUUCGAUAUUAGCAUAGUGGUUAUGGAUUAGUUUAUUGGUUAAAUUAAUAAUACCUUCACAAAUGAAUUUGUAUUUUAUCCCGUUAAUAAAUUAUAAUA